UACAUAGAUUAGCAUAGCACAGGAGACAAGAUGGCCUCUGUGUGUCUGUCUACAUGUGUCGUGUGUCUAUGGCAUUGAAUGUUUGCUGCGUAUAUGUGCAUUGUAAGUCCCCUGCGAGGUGAGAAGGCCGGAAUAGAAAUACUGUCAAUCAAUCUCCCUACUCCCCAAGUUUUUGAUCUGCUCCCCCCACUUGUGGCCUUGCCCUCUUUCUGACUUGUUCCUUUAUUUCCCCUUCCGCGCAGGGCACGGUGGAGGUGCCCAGGAGGUGAGGGUCAAGGAGGAGCCGGGGGUUUCCUGGGGGUCCCUGGGGCACCUCCACUCCCGCUCGCCCUGUGUCCCAGCUGGUGCCAGUUGAAGCUGACUGACGUGAGGAGCCUUUCGCCGGAGGUGCUCUUGGAAGCCAUCGAUGACCCCAACCAUCGGGUGCAGCUGCUGAUUUGCCGACAGUGCGGGAAGAGCUGUGCGGAUGAGGAGUCCCUCAUGUGGCACCAGCGGACGCUCCAUGAGGUGGGAAAGGAGGAGGAGGAGGAAGACGAGGAGGAGGAGGAGGAGUCCCUCAGGUGGCACCAGCGGACACUCCAUGAGGUGGGAAUGGAGGAGGAGGAAGAAGAGGAGGAGGAGGAGGAAGAGGUGGAGGAGAGGGGAAAGGAGGUGGCGGACAGGAAGGGGCCUUUCCCCUGCACUUCCUGCGGCAAGGUCUUUAUCCACCGUCGCAACCUCCUGGCCCACAAGAAGCACCGCAGCAAGCGCCGCCACGACUGCCUCCAGUGCGGGGCCCACUUCUGCCUCCGGGGGGACCUCCUACGACACCGGGGGGCCCACGCAGGGGAGGGGGCUCACCCCUGCAGCACCUGCGGCCUGGUCUUCCAGCACAAGAGGCAGCUGGACGCUCACAAGGCGGAGGAGCACUCCACCGCUGAGUCGGAGCCGCAGAGGCAGGACCAAAGGCCCGAGGAUGGUGGUGGGGAGGGGGGCGACCGGCCCUUUGACUGCCCCACCUGUGGGGAGCGCUUCAGCUGGAAGGAGAGCCUCCAGAUCCACCGGAGCACGCACGGGCCGGAGCAGGUCUUCCCGUGCUCGCUCUGCGGGAGGAGCUUCAGCCGCCAGAGGAACCUCGUGGCCCACCAGCGGAUGCACACCGGGGAGCGGCCCUUCGCCUGCCUCGACUGCGGGCGCCGCUUCCUCACCAACGCCGGGCUCAGCAACCACGCCAGGUUCCACCGUCGGAAGCAGGUCUUCCUUUGCCCACACUGCGGGCGCCGCUUCCGCAACCGAAAUAAGCUUCUUGAGCACCAGGCUGCCCAUGUGGAACAGGCCGCCGAGGAGGAGCCCGAGACAUAGAGCAAACCCUGCACUUCCGUUGGGGCGCUGGGACACAUGGAGACCCCACCUGAAUGCCAAAACUGGUGAUUCGUCUAUGCGCAAAAGUAGAGACCGAUGGACAGCCAAAGUAUUAGAUAUGAUGUGCAUGGAUAAAUUGACCUUUUUUAAGACUGUAGGAUCUAUAUAGCAAUAUUAAAUAACCACUCACAAGCCGGUUUUGCUUUGAAAUGGAUAUAUUGCUUGUAUCUCUGCAGCAAAGAAA